AUGGUUAAACUGGGGAGUAAUCUAGAAGACAAAGGCGCUAAACCGGUCAGUGUGGAGGAUGGCUUCCAAAACGUGCCUCUUAUCACCCCUCUGGACGUCGGUAACCUCCUGUAUGGAGCCCCAGACAAGGUAAAAUGGACUGUCUGUCUGCUCUGCUCUCCUGUCCUACUCACUCCUUGAUUUAUUGCCAUUGCCAUUAUGUAAUUGAACAGCAAACCCAUCUUUCUGUCAUUUCAAUUGCCCUCUUGCUUCCUUUGUUAAAGCACAGAUUAAAGAAGCAGGUUUAUAACGGGGAUGCACAUCAUCCAUUCAAGGAAGCCAGCAAACAUGUAAUCUCUAAUUUACUUUGACAAGGUUUUUUUAUUUUUGGCCCAGCACUGACGACUUCUGCUGCUUAUUACACAGAAUGAUGAUGAAUGAAUCACUGAACUGAACGUGUUAAUAUGAUUGAUAUGAGUAAUGAUAUUUGUAAUUGUUUAAUAAUGCACAUAAUUGAAUCUUACUUUGAAGGGAUUUUCAAUCAUAACAGCUGAUAGGCUAGUGUCCUCGACAUGAGCGCAGCAGGUUUUUUAUUUUCAUAGGAGUGAAGGACAGGUCCUUUGUUGUGUUGUCACAAGGCCUACCUGCUAAUGUCAUUUCAUGCAUUUUUUACUUCAGCAGUGAAUGCGGAUAUUAAUUUGACAUUGAGGAUAUGCAGAAAUAAGUGUCCUCUCCCUGCGAUGUAUUUGUCAGCUCCCAGCUGAUCAUGAGGCUGACUCUUGUUUUAUUUGAUCGGCAACACAGCAGAGCCCGUGGCCCCAUGCAGGCCGAGCCCGUCACUCUACAGUAAACAUUAGGAGAAGAGCCAGUGACACUUUUGCAGAGUUUUGCUUCAGCCCUCGUCUUGGAUUCUGCUAAUGAAGGCACAAUCUCUCAGUACACCUGCUAACUGGAGUUAACUGCCACUCUACACAGACUCGCAGCAUUACAAAAGAGCCCUGUGUCAUAUUUCACUAGAAGGGCAGCGCCACAAUAGCAGGUCCCUUCCUCUACUUCCACAACAGUGUUAUAAGGGGAGACUCUGGGGAGGCGGAGGCUCCAUUGUCCAGCAUGGCAGACAAACACAGACAGACGGAACAUCUUUAUCUCUUUAUCUGUCUGUCUAUCCCAUGCCCACCCUAGGAGGAAUUGGAGCACCAUUCAGGAUUUUCAAUGCGUUGAUUCAUGCCUCUCAAGUGUCAUAUAAGAUAUACUAUUCAGAGGGUCAGAUUGGGUCAAGAGCAGUGAUAUUGGGCUGUGAUUACUGGAACAGCUGCUUUUGAGAACAUGGAUAAGUACAUAAUUGCUGGUUAUUUGGAGAUGGAGUUGUUGAAGUGGACCAGGUGUCAUGCCAAUACAUUUCCCCAGGGUGGUUGGAUAACUAGAAGGCUCUACUGGGUAUAGAGCCUUGGAAAAUACCAUUGAGUUAUUUAUUUUAAUGUGAAAAUGUUAACAUUUGAAACAAUGCAGUGAAGGCUCAUUUCAUAAUGUGUGUAAAGUGGUCCUGUGUUUGCUGAGCAGUGAAAAUGACAUGAAAUGACACGACAUCAGAGGGUUUGAAUAGUCUUUGUUGUCUCUAUGAAGAGUGGACAUCAAUGGCUCCAGAUUCCCCUCAAAGUGCUGUCAUUCUAAUAUCCAGGUUGUCCCUGACAGAGAGUGAGAGGUUGUCUAGGCAGGCUCGCAGAGCUCUGGGGGCAGUGGUGUGUGUAGAGUGGAUACAGUGCAGUCUCAUUGGGCUACAGAUAAGGCAUAGCUGUGGGUACAGUUCACAUUCUGCUGCUUUCCAUGUUCACCCUCUGGUUAAAAGCCUCCCCAGCCUGAGGUGAUGUUACUAUGUUUUCUCAGAAAGUCUUGGCUGUAUGUUAUAUGCAAAUAAUUUCCCAUGUCUUUUUCUUUUAUUUGAGUUUUUAAAAAAAUGGGGGUGUAUCAGAUUGCAGCUUCUAUCAAUGUAAUUGUCUGCAUCAUUUCCAAUCCGUCAUAUAUAUAUUUUUUAUAUUUUAUAUAAAUAUAUUUUCCUUCAUUAUUUUCCCCUAACCCUACCACCCCUCCCCUAAUUGGAGUAAACUAAUGGACAACAACACUUAGGUUUCUACUUCCAGCUUAUACAUACUAACAGUGGAGGCUGCUGAGGGGAGGACAGCUCAUAAUAAUGGCUGGAAUGGAGCAAAUGGAAUGGCAUCAAACACAUGGAAACCAUGGAAACCAUGUGUUUGAUGUAUUUCAGGGUUCUUCAAUUCCGGUCCUGGAGGGCCGAAACACCUCUGUUUUUCAUCCUCUCCUUCUAAUCAGGGGCUAAUUCAGACCUGGGACACCAGGUGAGUGCAAUUAACUACCAGGUAGAAAUAAAAAACAGAAGUGUUUCGGCCCUCCAGGACCGGAAUUGAAGAACCCUGAUGUAUUUGAUACCAUUGCACCCAUGCCGCUCCAGCCAUUACCACGAGCCCGUCCACCCCAAUUAAGGUGGCACCAACCUCCUGUGCUAUAUACGUUUUACGUACACAGUAUAUUUUACAUUAGUUAUCUUUUGUUUGUAUUUAGUCCCACCCUUCAGCUCCCCUCAACCCCUCCCAUCUAUCUCUGAACAUCAUCCAGUUUCUAUUUGUAUUGGCCAUAUGUUUUUCAACUGUGCUGUGAUGUUUCACAAAAGUUCUGAACCUUUCUAUUCUUAUAGUUUCUACAGAUUGUAAAUUAAAGAUAAACAUUUUAGCUAAGAGUAUUAUUAUUUUAUUGAUCCAUUGACUAUGACUUUUCACAUCACCCAGCAGUGCUAUUUGCAGAGCUAACUCCAGGCGAAUGUUGCAAUUCUUUAGCCAUUCCUGAACCUGCAACCAAAAACAAGCUAUAUAUGGACAGUACCAAAGCAAAUGAUCUAAUGACUCUGUCUUUUCACAGCAAAACGUUUAUAAGGUGAAUGUAAAACGAUGUCUGAAAUAGAUGGAAGAGAAAGUCAACCAUUACGCCCUCUCUGAACAUUAUUACAGAGAGAGGCCUAGAGGUCUAAAGGGUAUUUACACAUUGUACCUUCAAAAACAACUCAAAACACUGUGGGUUUGAGUCUAUUCUGUCAUCCUGUGUGGUGUCACGACUGUCUGUGAGAUGCGGUAAACGAAGUCAGGCGCAGGACACAGAACUCUCGGAUACGUACUUUUAAUACGAAAAGGAUCCAAAAGGACACAGAAAAUAACUCCACGCAGGGAGGAAAUAACCCGCUCACAAAAAUGACAACCGUGAAGGGGAAAACAAUCACACACAAAGUACAGAUGAGAGACAGGGGUAAUUAUAAGGGAAACAAUUAACAUAAUGACGAACAGGUGUAAACAAUACAGACAAAACUAAACAAACACCGAUAACAUCGAACGGCAGUAGCUAGUACUCCGGGGACGACGAACGCCGAAGCCUGCCCGAGCAAGGAGGAGGAGCAGCCUCGGCAGAAUCCGUGACAGUACCCCCCCCUUGACGCGCGGCCCCAGCCGUGAGCCGACCCCGGCCUCGGAGACGGCCAGGAGGACGCGGAGCAGGGCGAGUUGGGUGACUCCGGUGGAACUCUGUCAACAGGGAGGGAUCUAGGAUGUCCCUCCUAGGGACCCAGCACCGUUCCUCCGGACCGUACCCCUCCCACUCCACGAGAUACCGCAGACCCCCCAUCCGACGCCUCGAAUCCACGAUGGAACGGACUGAGUACGCCGGAGCCCCUUCGAUGUCUAGUGGGGGCGGAGGGGCCUCUCGUACCUCAUUCUCCUGGAGUGGACCAGCUACCACCGGCCUGAGGAGAGACACAUGGAACGAGGGGUUAAUGCGAUAAUUAACAGGCAGCUGUAACCUAUAACAUACCUUGUUCAAUCUCCUCAGGACUUUAAAUGGCCCCACAAACCGCCGGCCCAGCUUCCGGCAGGGCAGGUGAAGGGCAGGUUUCUGGUCGAGAGCCAGACCCGAUCUCCCGGUGCAUAAACCGGACCCUCACUGCGGUGGCGAUCGGCGCUCGCCUUUUGCCGUCUGACUGCCAGAUGCCCACUGCGCAGCGUUCCAUGUCUCCUCCGAGCGCCGAAACCAUUCAUCCACCGCAGGAGCCUCGAUCUGGCUCUGAUGCCAGGGUGCCAGAACCGGCUGAUAGCCCAACACACACUGGAAAGGAGUGAGAUUCGUGGAGGAGUGGCGGAGUGAGUUUUGGGCUAUCUCUGCCCAGGGAAUAUACCCCGACCACUCCUCCUGCCGGUCCUGGCAGUAGGACCUCAGAAACCUACCCACAUCUUGGUUUACUCUCUCCACCUGCCCAUUACUCUCAGGGUGAAAACCAGAGGUAAGGCUGAUCGAGACCCCCAAACGUUCCAUGAACGCCCUCCACACUCUAGAGGUGAACUGGGGACCCCGAUCAGACACUAUAUCCACAGGCACCCCGUAUUGCCGGAAAACGUGAGUAAACAGGGCUUCGGCCGUUUGUAGGGCUGUAGGAAGACCUGGCAUAGGGAUGAGAUGGCAGGCCUUAGAAAACCGAUCCACAACGACCAAGAUCGUGGUAUUCCCCUGGGAGGGGGGAAGGUCCGUGACAAAAUCCACUGACAGGUGAGACCACGGCCGUUGUGGAACGGGGAGAGGUUGUAACUUCCCCCUGGGCAGGUGUCUAGGCGCCUUACACUGGGCGCACACCGAGCAGGAAGAAACGUAAACUCUCACGUCCUUAGCUAAGGUGGGCCACCAGUACUUCCCGCUAAGACAGUGCACCGUCCGACCAAUACCAGGAUGACCAGAGGAGGGUGACGUGUGAGCCCAAUAAAUCAGUCGGUCACGGACCUCGAGCGGCACGUACCUCCGUCCCUCUGGACACUCUGGGGAAGAAGGGUCUGUACGUAACCCCCGCUCGAUUUCCGUGUCGACCUCCCACACCACGAGACAAGACUCCGGUAGUAUGGGAGUGGGCUCAAUGGACCUCUCCUCUGUGUCAUAUCGUCGGGACAGGGCGUCUGCCUUAACGUUCUGUGACCCGGGGAUAUACGUGAUCUUAAAGACAAACCGGGCCAGAAACAUGGCCCACCUAGCCUGACGAGGGUUCAGUCUCUUCGACUGCCCGGAUGUACUCCAGGUUACGAUGGUCAGUCAGAAUGAGAAAAGGGUGGUUAGCCCCCUCAAGCCAAUGUCUCCACACCUUCAGGGCCUGGACCACAGCUAGCAGCUCCCUGUCCCCCACGUCAUAAUUGCGCUCCGCCGGACUGAGCUUCUUAGAAUAGAAAGCACAGGGGCAGAGUUUUGGAGGCGUGCCCGAGCACUGAGACAGUAUAGCACCGAUCCCCGCCUCGGACGCAUCCACCUCGACUUGGAACGCCAAAGAGGGAUCCGGAUGUGCCAGCACCGGAGCUGAGGUGAACAGGUCCUUCAAAUGACUAAACGCCCUGUCCGCCUCAGCCGACCACUGCAAACGCACCGGGCCCCCCUUUAGCAGGGAGGUAAUGGGAGUAGCUACCUGUCCAAAACCCCGGAUAAACUUCCGGUAGUAAUUGACAAAACCCAAAAACCGCUGCACCUCCUUUACUGUAGUUGGAGUCUGCCAAUUACGCACGGCUGAAACGCGGUCAAUCUCCAUCUCCACCCCUGACGCAGACAACCGGUGUCCCAGGAAGGAGAUGGACUCCUGGAAAAACAGACAUUUCUCUGCCUUCACAUACAGAUCAUGCUCCAACAGUCUACCCAGCACCCGACGUACCAGGGACACAUGCUUGGUACAUGUAGCGGAGUAUAUCAGAAUGUCAUCAAUAUACACCACUACCCCCUGUACAUGCAAAUCCCGGAAAAUCUUGUCUACAAAUGAUUGGAAGACUGAAGGCGCAUUCAUUAGACCGUAUGGCAUGACGAGGUACUCAUAGUGACCCGAGGUGGUACUGAAGGCUGUUUUCCACUCAUCUCCCUCCCGAAUGCGCACCAGGUUGUAAGCGCUCCUGAGAUCCAAUUUUGUGAAGAAGCGCGCCCCGUGUAAUGACUCCGUCAUACUAGCAAUCAGAGGGAGAGGAUAGCUGUAUUUAAUAGUGAUCUGAUUGAGACCACGUUAAUCAAUACACGGGCGUAAACCCCCAUCCUUCCUCUUCACAAAAAAGAAACUUGAGGACGCAGGAGAAGUGGAAGGCCGUAUGUAUCCCUGUCUCAAGGAUUCGGCGACGUAUGUCUCCAUAGCAGCCGUCUCCUCCUGAGACAGAGGAUACACAUGGCUGCGAGGGAGCGCCGCGCCAACCUGGAGGUCUAUCGCACAAUCCCCCUGUCGAUGAGGUGGUAAUUGAGUCGCCUUCUUCUUACAGAAGGCGCUUGCCAAAUCGGCAUACUCAGGAGGAAUGUGCAUUGUGGGCAUUUGGUUCGGACUCUCCACCGUCGUUGACCCUACGGAAACACCUACACACCGCCCCACACACUGAUCAGACCAUCCCUUGAGAGCCCUCUGUUGCCAUGAAAUGUUGGGGUCAUGAGAUAUUAACCAGGGAAGUCCCAACACCACUGGAAACGCAGGAGAGUCAAUUAAAUACAACUGUAUAGUCUCCUCAUGACCCUUCUGCGUUUUCAUCUUCAGUGGCGCUGUGACCUCCCUAAUCAAUUCCGACCCCAAAGGCCGGGAUUGAUAGGGAAGGGCACAUCGACUGGUAAUAUAGGGAUCCCUAACUUAUAUGAGAAAUGGCGAUCGAUAAAAUUCCCAGCUGCGCCUGAAUCGACUAGCGCCUUAUGCUGGGAGUAAGAAGAAACUUCUGGAAACAUCACUUGGAUACACAUAUGAACAGUAGAGAGCUCUGGGUGAGUUGGGACCUUACUCACCGGGAAUGACUCAUCAGUGCGCUGCCUGCUGCCUCGAAUCCGAGGAGACCCUCCCCAGCACCGAACCGCCGUGUGUCCUCGUUGGCCACAGUUGGUGCAGGGGACAGCCUCCUUCCUGACCUCCCUACUACCAGCACCCCCGAGCUCCAUAGGGCUCGGCUUGGAGGUGCUGGGGGAUGGAAUGGACGGCCCCAGCGCUGGACGUCCGCGGGUAGCCAACAGGGUAUCCAAGCGAAUCGACAUGUCCACCAGCUGAUCGAAGCUUAGGUUGGUGUCCCUGCAGGCCAGCUCUCGACGAACGUCCUCCCUCAGGCUGCAUCUGUAGUGGUCGAUGAGGGCCCUCUCAUUCCAUCCCGAAUUGGCAGCCAGAGUCCGGAAGUCCAGUGCAAAUUCCUGCGCGCUCCUCCUCCCCUGUCUGAGGUGGAAUAGACGCUCACCUGCCGCCUUCCCCUCCGGGGGAUGAUCGAACACUGCCCUGAAGCGGCGGGUGAACUCCGCAUAGUUCACAGUAGCGGCGUCUAUCCCUCCCCACUCGGCGUUGGCCCACUCCAGUGCCUUGCCGGACAGACAGGAGAUGAGGGCGGACACGCUCUCGUAUCCCGAGGGUGCCGGGUGAAUGGUUGCCAGGUAAAGUUCCACCUGGAGCAGGAAACCCUGACACCUGGCUGCGGUGCCAUCAUAAGCCCUCGGGAGCGAGAGCCGAAUCCCACUGGACUCCGGAUGUGAGACGAUAGGAGUAGCCGAUGGUGGUGGUAUCGUUGGAGGAGGUGUGGGCAAACCUCCUCUCUCCCAUCGUCCCAAAGUGUUCCUAACGUUAUCCAUAGCGGCACCAAGAUUUUGGAGCAUCGCUGCCUGUUGUAGGACGCGCUCCUCGAGUGAUCCGGUCGUUGCCGUCGCUCCUGCUGACUCCAUGUUGUGGUGUGUGAUUCUGUCACGACUGUCUGUGAGAUGCGGUAAACGAAGUCAGGCGCAGGACACAGAACUCUCGGAUACGUACUUUUAAUACGAAAAGGAUCCAAAAGGACACAGAAAAUAACUCCACGCAGGGAGGAAAUAACCCGCUCACAAAAAUGACAACUGUGAAGGGGAAAACAAUCACACAAAGUACAGAUGAGAGACAGGGGUAAUUAUAAGGGAAACAAUUAACAUAAUGACGAACAGGUGUAAACAAUACAGACAAAACUAAACAAACACCGAUAACAUCGAACGGCAGUAGCUAGUACUCCGGGGACGACGAACGCCGAAGCCUGCCCGAGCAAGGAGGAGGAGCAGCCUCGGCAGAAUCCGUGACAUGUGGAAGGAGUUGUCAGGGAGCUACAGCUGUUUUUAUCCCUAUAAGUCUAACCACUGCUGGCUAUGUGACCAGGGCUACAGGGCAGCAGGGGGACAAACAGGCCAUGGAAACACAAUUCUCUGUGGGCUAGUGCUGAGCGAUCAGGGAGGAAUUAGACCUGAUCCCAUCUGGACAGCCAGUGACGUGCCUGCAGGCCGUAGGGUCUCCAAUAUCUUGAUUGGGUGAGAAACUAGCAGAGUAACUGAGCUGUGGAGUGUAAUGAAGGGUCUUACAUGCAGCACUUUGAAUCAAUCGUUUUCAUCAGAAUUCAGGCCCCAGGCCAAGCCUUUGAUUGCACUUCUUUCAGAACAAGCUGCUGUUUUACAGGGUGAACUGGAUGACCCAUCACUUGGCCCACACAUCUAAGAGCUUGUUGGUUGUUGGAUGAGGGAUGCCAUGUUGUGACUCUGUACAGUACAAAUUAGUUGUCUAAUACACACCUGGAGUUUCCCCUCAGAAUAACUGCAGUGUUUCUUAACAACACAUCAAAGCAUAAAGCAGAAUCUAGCCCAUAUUUUGGGGCUUUUUUGUUUGUUAUCUUGGUAGGCUUAUUAUCUUGGUAGGCUUAUUAUCUUGAUAGGCUUAUUAUCUUGGUAGGCUUAUUAUCUUGAUAGGCUUAUUAUCUUGAUAGGCUUGUUAUCUUGGAAGGCUUAUUAUCUUGGUAGGCUUAUUAUCUUGGUAGGCUUAUUAUCUUGGUAGGCUUAUUAUCUUGAUAGGCUUGUUAUCUUGGAAGGCUUAUUAUCUUGGUAGGCUUAUUAUCUUGGUAGGCUUAUUAUCUUGGUAGGCUUAUUAUCUUGAUAGGCUUGUUAUCUUGGAAGGCUUAUUAUCUUGGUAGGCUUAUUAUCUUGGUAGGCUUAUUAUCUUGGUAGGCUUAUUCUUUUGAGUUUCUUUGGAGUUUCACCUCCUUAUUCCUCGUAGCAGUGGUGCAGUGAUUCAUGUGCAUUAUUCAGACAGGAAGCCAUGGGAUACGUCCCAAGUGGUAGCGUAUUCCCUAUUUGGUGCACUACUUUUGACUAGAGCCAUAUUCCCUAAAAGUAGUGCACUAAAUAGAGAAUAGGGUGCCAUUUGGGAUUUAACCAUAAUGACAUAAAAUGGUCUAGGAUUAGAUAACGAUCUCUCUGUGAUCUUAUUAUCAGCCAUGUUGAUCCAGGUAAAUUAUAAUGCAAAUACAGUCCGUUUGAUUAUCUGACACAGGGGAUCUCCUAGGACAGGGUUCUUCAAUUCCGGUCCUGGAGGGCCGAAACACCUCUGUUUUUCAUCCUCUCCUUCUAAUCAGGGGCUAAUUCAGACCUGGGACACCAGGUGAGUGCAAUUAACUACCAGGUAGAAAUAAAAAACAGAAGUGUUUCGGCCCUCCAGGACCAGAAUUGAAGAACCCUGGACUAGAAUGACCUACUGUACCUAGGGAACUGCAUGUCCUAACCCAGGGGUAGCCUACAUAUUGCUUUUUGCUACGAAUGAGAAAUGAAAUGGCAGUGGUAAUAAUAACAGUGUCUAUAAAAAAAAAGACAGAGGUGCAUGGGGUGCAGACAGCCUGGUAAUUCAGGGGGAAAUGAAAUGUCAACGUGAUGGGGAAGGAGUUAGAGAGGCUGUAAUUGCGGAGUUCAUGACAAGUAGCUUAGUCUUGGAGACUUCAGGACAAUAUAAUGCCAUUAAUUCCAGGUUGUGCUGUGGAGAGGAGGUACCAGGGGUUUGUGGAAGGUGCAAUUAUUUUGGAAAUGUAUUCCUUGAUCCUGUUAUUAGAAGCCCUAGCACCAUUCAGUUCCUGUAAUUUGGCAAGUUGGAGAGGUCCAGGGGAGGAGUGUCUGCAGAUAGAUAUCUGAGAGGAGCAGUACAGUCACAGUGGCUUGUAGAAAGUGAUAAGGAACCAGCAGUACAAAGUGCUGAAUCCAUCAGUCAUUUACCGCAGAGUAUACUUUCUGCCGAAACCUUUAAUGUGACUUUCAUACAAGCAGCACAAUGAGGCUCACAGGGAUGUAAUCACAUCUCUCUCUGUCCCCCUCUGUGUUUUGACUGCUAUUCUGAGCCAAUUUCAGUGACGAAUGGCAGAGUGACAGUACUGCGACAGGCCUCUACUUACCCAACUCUCUGUUCCUCUACAUCGUUGUUAAAAGAGAGUGGAUUGGUUCUGAUUGGGGAGCAUCAUACGGGGCAGUGCCUAAAAUAGCCACCCUCUGACAGUUGCUUGGCAGAGGCAGAGGCAGAGGUUAGAGUUUUUAUGUUUCUCUCUCUGCCCUUGAAUAGAUAACACAGUGAUGACGUAACAUGGUGAUGACGUAACACGGUGAUGACGUAACACGGUGAUGACGUAACACGGUGAUGACGUAACACAGUGAUGACAUAACAGUAAGACUGUGCGGUAUGAUGGCUCUGUCUAACGGAAGUCCAGCUAACCCCUAAGGGCCAUUUUUUGCUGUGUCACUGUAACUGACUGUGUUUUGUCCUCUCCUUUCUCCACAGGUGGUGGUGAAGACACGGACUGAGUACCAAACGGACCAGAAAAAAUCAAAGAUGAAGGUGCCCAAGGUGGAGGAGUUCACCAUCAGCUUCACUGAUGGAGUGUCAGAGAGACUCAAGGUACUCGGAAAGUUAAUUUCUUAAUUCACUGAGACAGACCAACUCUUCCCUCAGCGCUAAGAUGCUACUUCGCUACGUUGCUGCCUGCUAGCGUUGUUAAUAUUAGAAUUCCGCUCCGUUAAGCACAUAUAGUGUUCCUGAGGAGUUAUCUUUCGGAAUGCAUCAGUUUCACUGGAAGCGGAUGUAAGUUCAAUUCCUUAGGUGCUGUACAGGGAACAAAAUGGUAAUUGGGUUAUCAUGGUAGCCAGAUCUCAUGCGUAAGCUCAUGAGAAUCUCUGAAAAACUUGAGCUAGCAAGCUGAACGUCCAUGUGAAUAUAACAGUGUGUGAUCCACAGUACCUGAGAACAUACUGGAUGUUUCUUCUGGACUUAUUACACAUUAUUAACAUACGAAGCAGAUACCCAGGUUGAAAUGGAAAUGGACCUGUAGUUUCUUAUAGAUCCACUCUGUCACUAACAGUGAGAGGAGACCCAGACCAUAGAGUGAAAUGGAUUGACCUCAUCCAUAAUUAACACACACUCUGCUUUCAUUGGCCUCAAUAGCAGCGGUCAUUGUUCCCUCGGCACAUCAAAUCAAUGGGCUGCAAUCUCUUAUACAGUCCUGAGAGUGAGGGCUAGGGCUGGGAAUUGCCAAGGGACCUCACAAUAUGAUAUUAUCAAUAGACUUACUAUUGCAAUUCCCAGGAUUCUAUAGGUAUUGCGAUCAAAUACUGUAAUGUUUUUGCGAUUUGAUGUUACCAAAAUAUUUCCCAUAUGUCCCGUGUGGCUCAGUUGGUAGAGCAUGGCACUUGCAACACCAGGCUUGUGGGUUUGAUUCCCACGGGGGACCAGUACGGAAAAGUAAAAAAAUGUAUGCGCUCACUACUGUAAGUCACUCUGGAUAAGAGCGUCUGCUAAAUGACUAAAUGUCCUAUUGCUCAGUAGGUCUUCUGCAGAAAGAGAAAAUGAGUUUUGAUCAGUCAUGGAAAUAAAAGUAUUGAAAACAUGUUGGCUCACUAUUUAAAAAGAAGAUGGAGAACAAGCUAUAGGAUGAAAAAUACUGGAGUUUUGGCGCAGGUACAGCCGACUAGCGCUAGCUAACGCUAUCUAGCGAAACCACACAACAAAAAUAUAGAUAUAUUUUAGCAAAUCGAUACUUGGAGUCAAAAUAUCAACAUAAUAUCAUCCUAAAUAAUAUUGUGAUAUGUAACUGUAUUGAUUUUUUCCCCACAUCACUAGUCAGGGCUAUAACCAUUUUAGGUGCUGUUUAAUGUUGAUGGAAGAGAAGGUUCUGCAGAGUGUUUGACUAUAAUUAUGUUGCCGUUAAAUGUCAUUUGAGGAGCCGGCAGAGGAAGAGAGAGAGAAUGAAAUAUUCAACACAAACAGGCUGUGAAGCUUGUCUGAGUGGGAUUGUGACUGACUGAGAGGCGGAUCUCUCCUGUCUUGCUCCCUCUGUGGCAGAGUGGAGAGGCUUGA